CGGCCGCGGCCGCCCUUCUCUCGAGGCCACCUCGGGAGGAGCUGCAGCCCCGCCGGCCAUGGCCAUGGCGUCCCCGGCCAUCGGGCAGCGCCCGUACCGGCUGCUCCUGGACCCGGAGCCGCCGCGCUACCUGCAGAACCUGGGCGCGCCCGAACCCGCGGCGACCCCCGGCCGCUCCCCGCGCCGGUGCGUCCCCGCGCCCACGGCCGCUGCGCCCGGGGCGCACGAGGGACACGGCGCCCGCAGGGCUGCCCGGGGGGACCCGGAGCCCCAGCCUCGGGCCUCGCGAUCCGCUCGCCCUCUCCGGCCUGGGCUGCAGCCGAGACUCCGGCGACGCCCCGGGGCGCCCCGGCCCCGCGACGUGCGGAGCAUCUUCGAGCAGCCGCAGGACCCCCGCGUCCCGGAGGAGCGAGGCGAGGGGCAUCGCUUCGCGGAACUGGCGUUGCGGGGCAGCCGGGGCUGGUGCGACCUGUGCGGACGAGAGGUGCUGCGGCGGGCGCUGCGCUGCGCUAACUGUAAGUUCACGUGCCACCCGGAGUGCCGCGGCCUGAUCCAGCUGGACUGCAGACAGCAGGGCGGGCCGGCCCGGGACAGACCCUCUGCAGAGAGCGCCCACGCUCCACCCUCCCGCCAGAAUGCAGGUGCCGCCGAGGAAGCGCCCGCGCCGCCGAGCCCGCCCACGCUGCAGGAGCUCAAGCAGAAGAUCGAGAGCUACAACACGCGGGAGAAGAACUGCCUGGGCAUGAAGCUGAGUGAAGAUGGCACCUACACAGGCUUCAUCAAGGUGCAUCUGAAGCUCCGGCGGCCGGUGACGGUGCCUGCCGGAAUCCGGCCUCAGUCCAUCUACGACGCCAUCAAGGAUGUGAACCCGGCCAACACCACGGACAAGAGGACAUCCUUCUACCUGCCGCUCGAUGCCAUCAAGCAGCUGCACAUCAGCAGCACCACCACGGUCAGCGAGGUCAUCCAGGGGCUGCUCAAGAAGUUCAUGGUCGUGGACAACCCCCAGAAGUUUGCACUCUUCAAGCGGGUCCAUAAGGACGGGCAAGUGCUCUUCCAGAAGCUCUCCGUGGCCGACUGUCCCCUCUACCUGCGCUUACUCGCCGGGCCCGACACAGAUGUCCUCAGCUUUGUGCUAAAGGAGAACGAGACUGGAGAAGUAGAGUGGGACGCUUUCUCCAUCCCUGAGCUCCAGAACUUCCUAACAAUCCUGGAAAAAGAGGAGCAGGACAAAAUUCAACAAGUGCAGAAAAAGUAUGACAAGUUCAGGCAGAAACUAGAGGAGGCAUUAAGGGGUUCCCAGGGCAAAGCUGGCUAACCGGUCCUGCCUCUUCCUCCCCCCGUGCCCUCAAACUUAUUUUUAUUAUGGAUUAUUAUUUUGCAACAGACAUUUCUUCUCAGGAUGUCUCUGGCAGGUAUGUCUGUCCCAGCCAGUGUUUGCAGAUGUGACCUGGUCUCUGGUGGGCCGUGUGUGGGGCAAGGGCUUGACGUGGCUGUGCUUAGCCCCUGGGAAGGCCCGGGCUCCUCGCAUCAGCUGCAGGCCUGUACAGACAGAACACUUGCUUCUCCAUCAUUAAACUGCAUCUGUUCCUACCAGCUGGCAAAGGAAAAGGAAAUGGUUUUAGAAUUCUGUGUUCUCACACGGGAUUGUUCCCCUUCUACUUCUCUUCUUUGCCCCCCGCAGUACCUUUAUUUAUGAGAUGAAAGGUGCACCAUGUUCCUUGAGCAGGUCUGAGCUAAGCCCUCGAAUGCAGGAUUAUGCUCAUGGAAAAAAAACCUUCACUGUCCCAAGGGACCGUUUUGUUCCUGCUUAUGGGGGGGGUCAUAAAGCCAACUGGCCCAGGUGCCAAAUGAGACCAAAGCGGACAUUGACUCCGAGACUCCGGUAACACUGCAGCUUGCCCUGGCUCCAGCACCCGGGAGUUUGUGCGUAUAAACCCAAAGGCAUGUAUCUGCGGACAUGCGGCAUGAAGCCAAAUCUUGUCAACUAUUGCUUGAAGUUACAAGUUCACUUUGCCAUCGUUUUCAUGUGUUUCCACCAAAGGGAAACCAGCCAUUUGUGAUGUUUAAUGUCUCCUGAUGAGUAUGGAAAUCGAACCGUUGGAGAAAGCCAAAGAGCUCUGCUGAGAAGCAAGGGCACGCUUGUGCCCAGGCUCCCCCCAGCAGGGCACGAGAGGGCCUGGCGGCCACUGUGUACCUCUUGGUCAUUCUCUCCGCCCAGCGGGAAACUGGAGUCUUUGCCAGAAGCUUGGUCACACGGGGCAGCCUCUCAUUCAGCCAGUUUGAAGACUGCUGCCCAGAAGCACAGGCCAGCCCCUGGCACUGCAUCUGAUGAGUCUGUGGUCCCGGCCUCCCUGCUGACCUCAGUGCCUUUUUGUUUUCUGAAAGACACAGGGGCAGGGUGUCAGCUUGAAGCUCUGCUCCUGAUUUGCUUCUGUUGUGCAGGAGACAAGACCGAGGGAAUCCUGUGGUGUGAGGGUCAGGGAUCUCUUCCCAUCCAAAGCCUUGUGCUCCCGGGAAAGUGCUGUCAAACUGUAAUCUGACUCUCCGGCUCUUUAUUUAUGCUCCAACUUGGAAGUAAAGUUGAGUUGUUAUUCAACAGUUUGUGCAAGUAGCCAGCCUGCAGACACUCCGGUGCAGGGGUGUAGGAGGAGGACAUUGAACUUGAAUCCAGUCUCUGAGAGACCAUUUCUUUGCUGUCUUCUGCCGUUGCCAGUCCCGCUCGGGUUAAUUCAAGCCCAAUCUUCUUUGUGUAGCCUCAGAAGUUUCCUCCCUGAUGCUUGCUGAAUCCACACCACCCCUGGCCCCAAAGGGUGCGUGCUGGCCCCUCAGGCUCCGAACUGUGCGGUUCUCCAAAGCUGCCCAGGCUGGCAGCUUUCUGAGAUUUGUGAGCCACAGAAUUCCCUUCCCCUGGUUCUCUGCCAUCUCAGGCUCAGCCUCAUGGCUUCUCUCGCUUAAAAAAAAAAAAAAAAUUAAAGCCUCUUCCUGCUGUGUAUGAAAUGGUGUGGGAGAGAGUCGUCCCUCUUCCCGCUGCAUGGCUCCAAUGUGAACAGAAGCAUGGCUCCUGCUGUGAACGCUGCUCAGAGCCCCCGCUGUCGGGCGGCCAUUGUAUUUUUGAGAAGGACAAAAAGAAAAAUAAGUCAUGUACAUAGCAUAUAUACAUAAUGCAAAUUGCUAUCUAUCUAUAUAUAUAUAAAGAGAUGGGUGUUUAUGAAAUAAAAAAAAAUUAUGGGGAGUUUUAUUUGAAGCACAGGUGGGUCCAGGCCAGGCUGUGGUCUGGCCCCUGAGUGUGUCUCAAGCAUCCCUUCCCCUGUGGUGGUGUGACGCUGGCAGUGCCUUCUAUCACUGUGUCCCCAAUGUGCCAGUGUUUGGAGAAUAUUUUUUUUUUCUAAAUGUCUUUAGUAUAUUGUUUUUUUGGGGGGGGUAAAAAAGUAAUAAAAUCUUGUCAAAAAUG